AUGACACCAUUUGAGGCAUUUUAUGGGAGACCACCACCGGGGCUUGUGGCCUAUGAAAUGGGGAGUUCACCAAAUGAUUUGAUGGAUACAGAGCUUAGAGAGAUGGAUGAAGUCUUGAAGGAUCUAAAGAAGAAUUUGGCACGUGCUCAAGACCAAAUGAAGAAGCACUUUGACAAAAGGAGAACUAUAGAAUCCUUUGAACAAGGUGAGUGGGUAUUUCUCAAGUACCUAUCAAGAGAGCAUAAGGCAAUAUCCAAAACAACAUUAAGCAAAUUGAGGACUAAGAAUUUUGGCCCAUAUCAAGUGUUGGAGAAGUGCGGACAGCUUGCAUACAAGCUAGAUCUACCGGUUGGGGUUCACAUUCACCCUAUUUUUCAUGUGUCAUGGUUAAGGAGGAAGGUUGCAGAUCCAACCAAGGUGAUGAGUAAGAUGCCCUUGGUAGAUGAAGAGGAAGAAAGGCAAUCCAACCCAAGAAGAUCGUGGAGUAUAGGCUUGUAA